GCAGGCUUUUUCUUGCUAGAUGACUUGCCGUUUUCCAGGCUACUUAAGGCGCAGGCCGAGGACGCCCCUGUUGAAAUAUCUUGCCCAGAAAACACUGCCAUCCCCCUCUCUGCUGUUUUGUGCUUGAUCACCUUGUCUCUCUACCCUGCUUUCUUUAUCAUUGAAUAGUGCCUCGUAUUGUAGAUGGCCCCCGAAGCGAGCGAAUUCAUCCCCGGCACCGUCCGGCUGGUCGACGUAGGCGAGCAUGCGCAUAAUGGCACCGGUAAAGCGGAUAUCGUGCUGGUCCCCCGACCGAGUGCUGACCCUGAGGAUCCUCUCAACUGGAGCAGAAAACGCAAGAUGCUCGCCCUGUGCAUGGUCUACCUGUACAACCUGGCCGUCGGCAUCCCAACCUCCCUGCAGUAUUCAGUUCUUUCGGAUAUCACCCGCGACACGGGCAUCGACACCGCCACGCUGGUGCAGGGGAAUGGCCUCAUGAUUCUCUUCUUUGGAUGGGGUCCUGCCCUGUUCUGGCAGCCUCUGGCCUUGACCUAUGGCCGUCGCGGUGUCUACCUCCUCUCGACCCUGCUGGUCAUACCCAUCACGGUAUGGACCGCGUAUUCCAGCUCCGCGGGCGAAUGGUAUGCACACCGGGUGCUUAUCGGUAUUAUUGCCUCGCCGUUCGAGGCCUUGCCUGAGGUGACAAUCUUUGACUUGUUCUUCGCCCACGAGCGCGGUGCCUAUACUAGUGUGUACGUGUUUGUGCUGUUCGCUUCCACCUUCAUUGCCCCUCUUAUCGCGGGCUGGUUCAACGAUGCGUACGGCUGGAGAUGGACCAUGCAGUUUGGCGCUAUUGUCGCUGCCUUUUUCUUCGUCAUCCUGUUCUUCUUCCUCGAGGAGACUAUAUACUUCCGUGAUUCCGUCGAGGGAGACAGCGAUAGUGCCCGUAACUUGAUGUCCUCGCGAUCAUCCGACAGCGACGAGGAGGCAUCCAACCCUCCAUCAAGUGUUAAAGGAGCUGCUGCUGCCACUGCCACUGGAGAUAGGGCCAUGGCAUCACGAUCUCCUUCCCCACUAGCAUCGCCCAAGCCCGUCUCCGCGUACCCAAGUCCCGACUCGCAGCGCUUCUUCCGCGUCGUCAAAAGCUUCAAGCUCUUCACGGCUCUCCCCGGCCGUCCCAGCAAUGUGGAAAUGCUCCGAAUGAUAUACUAUCCCGUGCUCUUCAUCUUCCAGUUCCCCACUGUCUUCUGGUCCGGCUUCCUCUACGGUAUCAACCUCGCCUGGUACAACGUCCUUAACGGCACUACCAGCCCUGUCCUCAGCGCCCCGCCCUACAACUGGUCCGCCGCCCUCAUCGGAUGCGUCUAUACAGGUCCUAUUAUUGGUGCAGCCCUUGCAGCCGUCUGGUGUGGCCCCGGCGCCGAUAAAUUCGCCCUCCUCCUCGCCCGUCGUAACGGUGGUGUCCGUGAACCUGAACAUCGACUCUGGCCCCUGCUCGUAUCCGGCGUUGUCUCUGCCGCAGGUCUAAUCCUCUGGGGCGUCGGCGCAGAUCGAGGAAUCCACUGGAUCGGACUCGUCUUCGGUCUUGGUCUGAUGACCUUCGGCACCGUGACCGGGGGAGCAGUCGCCGUCUCAUACAAUGUCGACUGCCUGAAAGAGAUUGGCGGCGCGAGCACAGUCUCUGUCAUGAUGAUGCGUAACACGAUCGGGUUCGGCUUCAGUUACGCGAUUACCCCCUGGUACACGAAUAUGGGGUUGACCAACUGCUUUGUGACCGCUGGUGUUGUCUCGCUUGUUUGUACGUUGACGUUCCUGGUUAUGAUUAAAUAUGGCAAGACGAUGCGCAGGAUGUCGACCGAGAAAUAUCUGAAGUAUAUUGCGCGCGUGCCCAUGAAGUCGGCUUAGCUUGAGCCUGUACUGGCAGCAUUCGACAUCCCCCUCUAUCAAACUCUUGCAAGGUACGGUCCGUCCGUCAGUCAUUCUACUAAGGGCAUCUCGAAAGCAUAUACCCCGGACAACCUGCUACUUACAGGUACGCCCCCUACCCCAUCCAGCAAAUGCAUUAAUGAGCACGCACAGUAACAGGUCCGAACCGCUUCAGAGCCAACAAGCCAGGACAAGAACUAAACAUGCCAUGCCUACAGCGCC